ACCCCGGUCUUGGCGGGAACGCCUGCAGAGAUGGGCCGACGCGUUAGCAAGCCCAAUGUGCGCUUAAGUGGCAGCGAGUGGGUGUGAUUCGUGCCUGCGUGCACAGCCAGGGCCCAGCCCAUGUAAUAGCGAUCCGCUUAAAUACUCGAGCGAGAGAGAGCUGGAGAAUCAUCGAUCAACUUGUAUCCUAAACCUUACUCCUCUCGCAAGUAAUCUGUCCUCCGAUCACCACAUUCCGUGUUCAUUCCUCUGUUCUUCUCCUUUCUCUGCUUCUUCCCCGUCUCCCACGCUAACAAUUGGUAUCAGCUUCCUCCGAUCCUCGGCCUCCCUCCACUACCCGGAUCUGCUUUGGUCCUUCUCGAGUUCUUCUAGCGGCAAUUCGUCCGAUCCUGGAGUCCCAAGCUUCUCACGCCCACUUUACGCGUUUCCAACGCCGUCUCGGUGCUUGAAUCCCGACACCAAGCUGAUCCUGGCCGAGCUCGCCAAGCGCUUCUCCGAGCAGCAGGCCAACUUCGACAAGCGGCUCGACGACCUCGACACCAAGCUCCAGCGCCAGAUCCAGGGCCUGGAGACCGCCCAAGGCACGCGGAUUCAGGUCGUCCAGUCUGUGGCGGCUUCCCUCGAGGAGUGGCGACCAGGCGUCGACGGCACGGUCGACGACAUCCGCCUCGAGGUCGGCAAGCUGACCGAGCAUUGGGAGCGCGCCCUCCGUGACGGAAAGAGCGGGGAACCUCCACUCUUCGCCGUGCCGAUCCCGGCCGCUGCCGGAUCCGCCACCGAAUUGCCCAACGGGCACCGCGUCGACAUGCUUAACCGGGAGGGUGACCACGGGGUCGUCACGACCAUGGUGCAUCCCCCGGGCAACGGUACAUUGUCCGUCCCUCCUACCCCAUUUCCCCUACCACAGCCGAGUCGUCUUGAUUCCCGCAGUUCUACCUUCGGUUCUCGGAGUCACUAUGUCGGGAAGUUUCCUAAGAUGAAUUUUCCCAGUUUUGAUGGCCAGCAACCCAAGUUGUGGAUCCAUCGCUGUACUGAUUAUUUUGACUUGUUUGAUAUUGAUUCUAGUAUGUGGGUGCGUUUGGCCGCCAUGAGUUUUACAGAUGCAGCAGCACACUGGCUUCAGUCAGUUGAAAAACAGACCCGUACCUGCUUUUGGUCUGAAUUCACUGAUUUGGUUCUAGAUCGCUUUGGUAGGGACCAUCAUGAGUUGUUGAUCCGGCAGCUGCUUCACAUUAAGCAGACCGGUACUGUCCUAGAGUAUAUUGAUAGAUUUUCAUCUAUUGUUGAUCAGUUAGCAGCCUAUGAGUCCCAGUCUGACCCUCUGCAUUAUACUAUGAGGUUUAUCGAUGGCCUGAAAGAGGAGUUUCGAUCAGCUAUUUUACUCCAUCGUCCAAAUUCUCUCGAUACUGCCUUUGUUCUUGCCCAAUUGCAGGAGGAAGUAUAUGAUCCUGGCAAGCGUAAAGAACCUAAGAAGCCGGAUUUCUCUUUUGUGCCGAAAGUUACUCACAAGCCUGUGUAUUCGUUGCCAAGCCCCCCUGCCAAGUCUGACAAACCGACGCAAGACCUUGAGGCGAAGAAAACAGCCGGUUCUGCUGAGGAAAAGUGGCAAGCCCUCCGUCGUUUCAGACGUGCCAAGGGCCUUUGUGAAAAGUGUGCUGCUAAAUGGUCCAGAAAUCAUGUGUGUGCAGAUUCAGUGCAGCUGCAUGUUAUCCAGGAAUUAUUGGAUAUGUUCGAUGACAACGAGCAGUCCUCUCAACUCAGGGACGAAACUCAGCAUCAGGAUCAGUUAUUUCUCACUCUCUCAGUGGCUGCUCUUUCAGAUGUGCCUGCUCCCCACACUCUUUGUUUGUCAGGUCACAUUUAGGGACACCCUGUAGCCAUUCUGGUCGACUC